AUGCCGCAGCGGAUCGUGUCCGAGCUGCAGGUGCUUGUGGCUGAAACUCGCCGCAAGUAUCCUGAAGUGCGAGCUUCUGCUGAAAAAGUACUACACCAGCUGCAAUCUGACACGGAUGGGACCAUCGUUGCAUUGCGACAGUGCCAAGAUGUGUCUGAUCAUCCGCUCGUCCAGCCCAUCGUGCAAGCGUGUGAAACGCGCUCUCCCAAAGUCAUACAAAUUGCGCUGUCACUUCUUCAUCGAGGGAUCAUGCUCCGUGCUAUCCCAGAAGCGUCCCUUGUGCUGUUUGUGGACACGCUGCACACGCUGCUCACAGCUCCAGGGCGUGCGGAUGUGGACGUCCAACUAAAGAUUCUCCAGACAGUCUCUGCCUUGCUGCUAAACUACGAAUGUGUGACAUCCAAGCUUCUUUCUCGUGCGCUCAUGCUCUGCUUCUCCUUGUACGAGCAUUCGCGCGUCGCUGUGGUCAGCUCGACAGCGGCCGCCACACUUCGCCAAAAUAUCAUGACCGUGUUUGAUAAAGUACACAAAGAGGACCGCAUAUUUGACGCGAUUGAGAGCGAGGAUGCAGCAGCGCAGGCGCCGCUGCCUGCGUAUUCGGCGCAGCUUCCUGAUGGACCCGUGACACUGUUUCCUUCGUCGUCAGACGCGUACCUUGUCCUAAACGACUUGUGCGCAUUAGCUGAUGGGGAGCCCGCCUCUUUUCUGCCACUAACCACGCUGUCUAAACCUUUUGUGCUGGAGCUUCUAGAGAGCGUCCUGAUCAACCACGCAUCACUGUUUUUGCAGGCACGGCACCGUGAGCUGGUGUAUGUGCUUCGCAGUGCUGUGUGCCCCUUGCUACUCAAAGCACUCACUGAUCCGCCGCCCUUCUCUGAAUAUGUGCGAGUCAUUCGUCUUGUGCGUCUCCUGCUGCGUGAGUUCAGCGAAGAGGUCGUGCUAGAAAUUGAGAUGCUGUUGCGGGCCCUUCUCAAGACCAUGAACGACAGACAUAUAUACUGGCAAAACAUUCUUGCUUGGGAGACUAGACUGUGGCAAUGGUUCGAUGGCCGCCAGGAUGUGCCAGAGCCGCCCCGCGUAUUCGCGAGCCUCCUGACUUCUCUCGCGGAGGGCACCCACAAGGCGAGACAAAUGUUGAUGGUGGACGCAGCGCUGGCCGCUGCCUUUGAGCAGCGGCCGAGCGUAGCCGCGACCAACACACGGAAAGUCAGCAACUCUUUCUACGAUGCGGCUGUGGCCGGCGUGCGGAGCGCUGCCGAGGGCCUCUUGAGCCCCCGCUUAGAAAGUCUGACUACGGAGAGUGUGCCUUCGGUCUCUCUCCUGGACCAGCUUGACAAAACAGACGCACCCCCGAUGGCGAGUGCGGCAAUCCCGUCGACCUAUAUGCCAUGGCUCGUGCUUCAGUCGCUCGUGCACCUGGCCCAUGGUUUGGCGACGCUCGCAUCCACACAGAUCCCGCUGCUCGCUGCCAGUACCCGUACAGUCAAUGAAGGUUUGUCGUUCUUCCUCACGGUGAGCGGGGCCGACAAGUACUUUGAACAAGCUCUUCAAGCACUAACGAACCUGACGCAGGCUGCUGGCUCUGCCGCAUUCAAUAAAGAGCGUGAUUUGCUUCUCGGUACCCUAUGCGACUUGGCCGUGCCCAGCGCAGCAUACAGUGGACAGGCUCUGGGAGCACGAAAUUUGGCGGCCCAGGCAGCCCUCGUGCAACUGUGUAUGGCUUUGGCCGAACGACUGGGUGCGCGGUGGCGCCCUGUCCUGCAGUGUGUGUGCCAGGCACUGGCCUGCCUGAACCCGAAAGAGACAGCCAUGAAUCCGGCGGAGUUGCCAGAGAGACCAAGCUCGCUCCCUGUGCCUGAUGGCACAUUGCGCUACUUGUCACCCCCCGUGCUGGAGCACUUGCCAGAGCAGCUGAGGAGCGUGGUGGAGUAUGUUGCCUCCCUGGAUGAGGCGACGCGCACAGACUUUGCGCAGGUGUUUGCGCGCCUCCUCAGGGACCGUGUUUACGAUGCUUUGGAGUCGAGCGCAAUGCCCGCGGUAAUUCUUGCACAGUUUGAGCGCUUCAUCCGUGCUUGUGCACCAGCUGUAGCCGUGGACUUACCGAACGGUGUAUGGCCUGCCCUGAUGGAACUGCUGACCAUGGCGGAAGACGCAAAUUUGGUGGGAGGUCGUCGUAUCAUGUGUGCUCGCGUCCUGGACGAAUCCUUGCAGCAGAUUCUUCGUGUGAUCCCUCAGGACAGUGAGGCUAGCGUGCGGCAGCGGGAAGUCCUUGAGGCACUGGCGCUCCAGGGCACGAUGAAACGGCGCGUGCUUGCUACGGAUGUGUCGCUACGGCGCCUAGCUCUAGACACUUUGCAAUAUAUUCUUGAGACGCAUGCGCAUGCACUUGUGGAUGGUUGGGCUACUGUUUUUUCUACAUGUAAUGCCGCUGCCAAAGAUGCAAGCGCUAUUCAUGAGGCUGGUACACCUCCGGUGCCUAUUUUGCGCACGGCGUUUUCGUGUGUCCAACUAGUUUGUGGUUCGCACCUGUCCUCUUUAAGUGAUGAUGACUUGAGGACCUGCAUGGCCACGCUCUCAAGUUUCAGCCUGCAACGGGAAGAUGUCGCCAUGGCACUACGUGCCAAUGGCACCCUGUGGGACUUAACGGAAGACAUUGAACGACGCCAGCAGGCACAUCAGGCGAACCUGUGGCUAGCUCUUCUCCAGCACUGGCGGGAUGUCGCCCAAGGUCCGCAGCCGGAUGUGGCUGCGGGAGCAUUGGCCAAUCUCUUCCAGGUUCUGGUGCAGUACAGCGCGUCCCUGCAGCGUCAUGACUGGUACAGUGUCCUGGAUGAAGUGCUCAUGCCCCUUGUUGAGGGAGAUGCACCUUCACCGCUAGCUUUUGAAGGCACGGCGCGCAUUCUAGUGAUGGCCAAAGACCUGCGUUGCGCGGAGGCAUGGACUGGCAUGUGGAUGCGGUGGCUAGGUCGCAUACAGCAAGUAUUUGCGACAGGUCCGGACAAUGUGGCGCAUGCAGCUAUCCAGGCACUCUACGACAUUCUUGAGGCCCGGAUAGAACCAGCCGCCCUAUGGCGCCCAACUUGGACGUGCAUUCAGGACCUCUCCGGCCUGCGUCAUAACGCAUCACUGGCUGACUUGAGCACUAUCGUACAGCUGUUGCAAACGUGGCAUGCACAGCGAGAUCGUUCCUGGCAUGCCAAUGACAGUCAUUUAAUGACCAAGGCCUUGGCCGGGUGCAUGCAGCGGGGAAUGCAGUGUGAUAUUCGCGCGUCUACGUCGGAUCUGCGACGUCUCGCGUCACUGGUACAACAAGCGUUGGAACAACUGUUGGCUGAGGACAAGGCUCAUGAGCUUGUCCUUCAAUGUGCCCGACAAUGCUGCUCUGCUGCACUGGAUAUCAUGGAGAAGGAGCCGCUUCCCGCAUCACGAGUGCAUAAUUUGUGCAUGGAAUUGGCAGACCGCUGGCUGCAUCUAUGGCAAUCCACGUACCGGACCGAGGCAGAAAAACCCGUCUUGUAUGCAUCGGCUGUGCCUGAUAUGCUGGUACUUCUGCGUCAGCCGCUAUCGAAAUUCCCUAUACCUUAUGUCCCAAACGUGUGGCGCUCAUGCAUGAGUGUGCUUACCGACGUCAGCCAGGCGAGCAUGAAUGUGCAGCUUGCCCCUUCGCCGCUUCUCAAGUUCUGGGAGACUAUGUUUACUACCAUGGCGACGGCGCUUCAGGCUCCUGCACGGCAGCGCCCCACGGACGACGAAGAUAUGUGUAUCUGGUACCUUCUCCAGUCAAUCGAGCAGGUCCUAGGCCGUGCAAGUGCCCAAGCCACAUUACAACACAGCCUGACCAAGUUUGUUCGCGAGAUCCUUCCUGUGACGAGGCUGUAUUCAUCGCGUGGCUCACCUCACUGGCCCCCGCACUCCUCUUAUCGUGAGAGGACUGCGUACUGGGUGUGGACAAUGCUCUUCUGUCUUUGCUCUAAGGAGGAUGGCAUAUGGACGAGUGCCAUUCUUCCGGUCUUGUUGUCCCAGUGCGAGGACGUCCUGUAUGCGUACGCACAAGAUUUGCGUAUCCGCGGAGCCAUACCCAUGCCGCGUGUCCGCAUCGAAGAAGUUAACUUUCUGCUACAGUCCCUCCUAACUCUUCGGCUCCCUGCUAACAGCAGUGAGACUGCCGGUGCUGUGUCAGAUCCCUCCGUGGUGCACCUGUUUAAACUUGCACCAUUGAUUGACGACAUUGCUACAAUACCCUUUAGUACAUGUGCUUCGCCUCAAAAAGCAUGUAUCGGAACAUCUCUACCGCCUUUGCCGUGCGAAGGCAGGGCCGGCGUGUCCGUGCCACCCACCACGCCCCAAGCAUUAGCGCGCGAAGCACUCCAACUGCGCACGUCGUGUAUGACCACGUGA